AACCGGCAAACUGUACUUUGCGCUUCGCGACAAUGUCGGAAAUGUUUUUUGGCCCUGCUCGCUCGCCGUACGUCGCCACAGAGAAACGUGCUUCAGAUGAAUGUUGUGACGGAAUCAAACGCUCGUGACUGAAAACCCUGAAGCGGCAACACGUGAAACAUUAGCGUGUGUCGGUCGAGGCCGAACCGGUGACCUUGUAGCCGCCGCGGCGUGAAAACAAACUCCGAAACCCGCGUGUUAGCUUCAAGUGUUUAGCUAACGGCUAACAGAGGCGAACCAAAACAAGAGGGAGGUGGAGCCGCCGCCGCUGCUGCCGCCGCUGCGAGACAAGAACCCCGCACAGGUCAGACAUGGCAGCCGCUCAGAAGCGCACCAGGAAGCGGUACGGACACCACGGCAAGCGGUGGAAGGGCUCCCGGGAGCUGGAGGUGGGCAUGGAGGGGAUCCUCAUCACAUGCAACAUGAACGAGAGGAAGUGCACCGCGGAGGCCUUCGACCUGCUCAGCGAGUACGCAGACGAGCUGUUCGGACCCGAGAAGCUGCAAGAGAACACUGGGAGCAGCAAUGAAGAAGAGGCUGAGGAAGAAGAUGUGGACGUUGCACUGAAGAAGGAAGUGGCACAGCUGCAAGCAUCUGGGAGGAAACAAGAGAGACGCUUCCAGGCUUUGGACAGCGGGGCGAACAAUGUCAUCUUCAUCAGAACUCAAAAUCUGGAAUCUGACAAGUUGGUUCAUCACAUCCUGUCUGAUCUCCACACCACCAAGAAGAAGAAGUCCAGAACGAUUCUAAGGAUGCUACCAGUGACUGGGACGUGCAAGGCCUUUCAGGAUGAUAUGCUGAAGUAUCUGACCACUUUCCUGGAGUCAUGGUUCAAAACCCCAAAUUGUGCUACGUAUCAGAUCGCCUUCAAGGCCCGCAACAGCAGCCACAACAAGAGAGACGAAAUCAUCCAAUCCAUCGCAGGUCUUGUGGGGAAGCUGAACCCUAAAAACAAAGUGGAUUUGACCAACCCAGAACUGACAAUCAUUGUGGAGGUCAUCAAGGCUGUGUGUUGCAUCAGUGUGGUCAAAGACUAUACUCUGUACAGAAAGUACAACGUUCAGGAGGUGAUAAAAGAGGACGCACCGAAGCCCAAUGGGGCCGCAGCGAAAACCGUGACAGACCAACCUGAGCAGCAGAAGGAGGAGAAACAGACGAACCAAGAGGAAAACAAAGGUGAAGAGGAAAAUAACGACAAUGCGUCACAGGACAACGAGGAGGAGAAAAAGGCUCAUAGGGAAGACGAGUAAAGGUUUUCAUUUGAAGAAACAGAUUCAGUUGUUGAGUUAGACCUAAAAUCUCUCAGACGUUUAAAGUUGUGAUGUUGUCGAACCUUUAUUUAAAUUAAAGUCAAUUUUUUUAAAUGAAUGACAACAAUACUUGAAAUGAGGUUGGCAAAAAAGACAGGAUGCUUAUAUGAUUAGAUUAAAAAAUCUUAUUCGUACCAACUUCAUUGAGCUGGUCAUUGUAAUUGAUUUUGAAUUACAAGUACCUGUUUUUCCUCAGCUUAACUCUGGCAACAGCUUAGGUAAUUUUAGGCUGAAUUUCUUUUCUUUUUUUGAAUCUUAUUUGUAUGUCACUUAUUUUGACAUUUUAAAUAGAAGACAGUUGUUUGGUUCAGGUCAGUGAGUGUGUCCUGUGUAGUAACUGAGUGUUUUUUGUAAGAAAUGCUAUUUCCUAAAGCUGCUCCUGAAUUAAAGCUGCCUGUGUUUUUAAAA